GUGUGCCGCGGGGAGGGGCGGCGGGCUCGCACCCCGGUCUGUUCGCGUUUGCGCUUUUUCCUCCUUUUACUCCUUUCUCUCUCUCUCGCCGCCCCUCCCUCGGCUUUUGUCAUCCCUCCCCUCGCUCCCUCCCCUCCCGCCCCGCUCCCUCCCCGCCGGCACUGCGGAGCCGGAGACGUGACCCGAGCGGAGCCAGCCGCGGCCUUUUCCCCGCUGCUCCAGCCUCUCGCCGCAGAAUCGCAUGUCAUCUAUCCAGAACCUCCAAUCCUUCGACCCCUUUGCUGAUGCAACAAAGGGUGACGAUUUACUCCCGGCGGGGACUGAGGAUUAUAUUCACAUAAGGAUCCAGCAACGAAACGGAAGAAAGACACUAACAACUGUCCAGGGAAUUGCAGAUGAUUAUGACAAGAAGAAACUUGUGAAAGCUUUCAAAAAGAAAUUUGCUUGUAAUGGUACUGUGAUUGAACAUCCUGAAUACGGUGAAGUUAUCCAGCUUCAGGGUGACCAGAGGAAGAACAUUUGCCAAUUCCUCUUGGAGAUUGGCAUUGUCAAGGAAGAACAACUGAAAGUUCAUGGUUUCUAAAAUACCUGUACUCCGAUGAAGAACCCUGAAGUAUUUGGCCUUACCUAGCCUGGCUCUUCUGUGAAAAAUGAAUCUUUGCAGUGAAUGGACUUCCCUGUUACCUAAACACUUCAAAUUUGUUUCAGAUUUGCAUGACUGUGUGAAACAUGGGCUGUGUAGACUAGAAACACAUAAGAAAACUUCAGUAAGGUGGUAAUGAAGACACUUGUGAACUUUACCACAUUUCCAAUGGAAAUGUUUUAGCGAUGAUUGUUCAGUUUAGUACUCUCCACCUGACUUAAAUGUGUGGGUUGUAUUAAAAUAGUGUGUGGUGUUGCUUAAAAAUAAAAGUUUAUUCAUAUAUUUUCUGGGAUAUCUGAAAUGCUUUAGCUUAAGUUUUAAACUAGCACAGCAGCCUUACUAAAGAAUGGCUAAACUGUUUUGUGGCAAGUGUAGCUCACUGAUGGUUGAAUAAAUUGGAAAAUCUGUGUGAUGAAGUAUUAGCUAGUUAAAUCAGUAUUUUAGCAUGAUGUGAUCCUGUAGCUGUAAGACUAGAGCUUUAAAGUCUUUUGUGUAGGUGUAUCUUAGUAGCAGCACGAUAAGACAUAAAUUGUUUGCUGAGUAAGCAACUGGAUCUUCUCUAAAAUCUACUGCAGUGACUAUGAUGUACUAGCGUUAACCAUAGUAGGCUAAAAUAAGCUGAACUCCUUAAGGCUGCUAUUCCUGAGAACAUGCUAAACAUCUAGGUCUUCCGUAGGACUCCCAAAACAUUUGAAGGAGGUGCAUGGGAUUUUGUGUCUCUUCUGUUACUGAGUAAAGGGGAAACACAUUGAGUUGGCUUCUGCCAUGACUACGUUUAAUGUGGGCAAGCAGAAUGCUUUAAUUAGCAGCUAGUAUUACUUGCAGAAGUAACGAAGGGAACAGGCUCUGCACUAAACUUUUUUUGUCUUAGUGUGAGAAGUUUUGCUGUGUUUAACAGUUAAUAUGGAGGGGUUUGUAGUGGGGUUGGGGUGUUGCUACAGAAAGCUGAUUUAGUCUCCUUUUCUAGCAGGCAGUUCAUUCUGUGUUAUCUAAAGUUAUGAUAGGUUCAACCAUGCUUUUCAUCUAGUUUUAGUUAGCUUUAGGCAUUUGUUAUUCUGCUUUUAAGACAUGUCUCUUUACAGAAUGAAAUUAUUUUGUGAGCAGGUCUUACCUUCCUUGUGAGAUAGACAUGGAAAUUGUCUCUGAAACAAUUCAAAACAUGCUGAGCUGGGAAACCAUAACAGUAGUGGGAAAUGUUAACACUUCCUGUAAUACCAUGUGUUCUCUGGAAAGGAAGAAAGAGACAUUUCUUUACUGCUAAGAUUUAUCAAUAAAACUUACUCAGAAAAAAAAUUGAUGACUACCUAAGUAAACAUCAAGAAUAGCCAAAACUAUAUUAUUUAAUAUCACCCGUGCCUGUGCUUUGUUUCCUGUUCAGAGUUGCCUUUCUAAACAGAAAUGCUCAAUUUCAACUCAUUUGAAGUUGUUUUUAGAUUUCUGAAUUCAGAUCUGAACCUUUUAUGGCACUAGCAACAAUUAGAGGAACGUUAUAAAGCAUACAUAUGGCACUUCCUUUCUCUGUCUGGUCUAGGCAAUUGCACCUGUAAGUAUCCAGUGUCCAGUCUCUCAGUCUCCACAAAUUUUGCCUGGUGUUGCAGAUUUUAACAGUUCCAGAGAAAAAGAUGUUCCAGAAGAUUGUAUACCGUUAAGGUGUAGUGUGUUCAAGAGGAGGCGGAGGCAAUGCCUGUUGCAAAACUCGAAAUACCAGCACAUGGAAUGAAAAUCUAAAGCGUAAGUCUUAUGCAAGUCUUACACUUUAGCAGAAUAAAAUCAUUGUACUGCAAAUUUUUACCUGGUCCUUAUUCAUAGAUGCUAAAGUAAUUAAUCUUUUGGGGUUACAUAGCACUUAGUGAUUUUCAUUUUAUCAAAUGCCAGGGAAAAAAUGACAUUCUCAUUUAAAGCUUGUUCUGCUGCCCAAGCGGAAGAGCAAGCAGUAUCUUCUCCUAUUUUACUGGUAUUAUGUGAGUACUUCUAGUAGGUUUUGAAUUGGAGAUUAACAAAGGAUUAGCAAGUCUCAUGUGUUACUGAGUCAGUCUUCAUUUCAGAUGGCAUUCCAUUAACUUUCACUGCCUAAGCUUGAGUCAUUUCUCCAUAGUUAUUCUGUUUGGAAUAAAUGAGAAAAAACUUUGAUUUCUUCCUCAUUUAAAAGUCCUUGCCGGUAGGAGGAACCUUGCAGUUGGUAAGUGGAUUGGUUCUUACGCUCUAGUGGAGCUGCUUGUGUUUUGCCCUUUGAAGGUCAAAAUUAAAAGGAGAGGGAAUAAGAAGUAACACAUUUGAAGUUUAAAUAGAUGAGAUUUGUUGUAGCAACAAACAAUUUAAUCUUCCUAGAAGAAAAGCAGAAAUUUUCAUCCUUGAAGUGUUUUAAACUAGAACAGCGUCUCUUGUUAACAUGCCCAAGCCUCUUCAUGUUCUGGAGGAAAGGCUUCAACAAUUUCAUGUUUUAUCAUCUUACGCUAAAACUUUUGUCAAAGCUCUGCCUAUGUGGCAUAUAUAUCCAUGUUCAAGAAUGAUGAGAAAUAUGGAAGACCGUGGGAAAGAACUGUUUAAAUUACUGCCGUGAGAACCUGUUUUCACAGGGGAAAGCAGGUUUCACUCUUUCCAUCUAUUCCAAAACAGGGUAAAAAAUGUAAAGGAUGUGGCGCAUAAUUGUCAAGGCAGUAAAAGGGAACUAAUAAUAGGAAACACUUUUAAAACCCACUAGUAGGACUUGAGACAGGGCAAGCUCAGACUGCAAAGAGUGGUGCUUGUUUUUGUUGGAAUAUUGUGAAAUCUGUGUCCUUGAGAUCUCCAAAUUGUUUGCCUUCUUGGUGAUAUCUAGGCUUAACCGCAAGCUGCAGUUGGAUGUAGGAACUGCUGUUUGAAAUUUGCUGUGCAUAGUUACAUUGGGCUGUUGUAGGUGACUCUUUUAGCCGAUACACAGGAAUAAGGUGUUGGUUAAAUAAAUUCAUUGAAUUGUGUGUUCAGAGCCUCCAUCUACAUAAUGAAAUUGCGAACAAUGAAACCAUCACUUCCCAAGUAGUGGUAGCAGUCCUUAUUUGUAGAAGAUGAGAUUUAGUAAUUUAAGCGUGUAGACUGCCUACUUCCUCCUUUUGGGUGAAUUAUCAGGCCCUUUACUUCACCUGUGGUGUACUAAAUCUGACCGUGUGUUUCAAGAGAUGAGUGUGAAGAGCACAACUAUGGGCAGAUGAGCAAUAAUCCUCUCAAGUGAAAGAACCUUUGAAAAGAAUAGUGCCUAGAUUGUGUGUGUGUGCUGUUCAUUGGCUCAGUGGCUUUGUUUAAACCUUACAUCCUGCACUACGUUCUUGCACGGCCUAAAUGAAAAGCAUGUUGUUCUGGAGAGGGAGGAGGGAAUCCCACAAAAAACCACCUGAGGAAAUAAGUUUAUAUCUUGCCUGUUUUCAUUAACUUAGAUUCUCCUGGACUGCAAGAUCUGUGUAACAUUGUAAUUUCUGGGUUUGUAUCUUUAAAAAUCCUAAUUAAACUUCCUUGAGGGUUUGGCAUUUAAGGUUAUAAACAUAUCUGAAGCCAUUAUAAAACUUUUUUUGAGGAGUUAUUGAAGUGUUAAGUUUUAAAUAUUUGGAAGAAAAAAAUUAAGCGGAGCUCUGCAUUUUGCCCUAUACUGCUGUCCUGCUUAUAAUCAGUUUGUAGUUGUCCUGAAGAUGCAUAUACAGGUAUUUACAGACCUGUCAGUAAGCAGAUACCCUGCUGUAGUGCAAUAGCCUGUUUGUAGUUUGUGUAAGAUCUUACCCGCUGUGCUGCACUGUUACAGGCUGUACUACUCUUGAUUUUACAGUAUAGGCAAGGUGUACCUUGAGUUGUGGUCAGCAGUUAUCUUUUCCUUAAUCUUCCUGGAAGGCUGUAGUGUACAGGAUCCAUAUGUUACACCCUUCUUUGAAGUGGCUCAGUAGUUCCUCUUACUGUGUGGAAGUACGUACAGGACUGGUAUUUAGCCAGUUAAAGAACGGGGGAGGCCAGCAUUUUUAUAAUUACUUUGGGAUGCAGUAGGGGCUGCUGUCACUUUUGGUGUGUUCAGUGUUGAUUAGUGUCACUGAGUGUCCCUCUAAUUAGUGUGCUACUGCCACUAGGGAAAUAGAAGUGGUCUUAAAGGGUCAUGUGUAUUUAGGUACUAAGAAUCUGCCUUCCUCCUAAGACUCUUCGUACAUUUAUAUUCAGUUUAGUUGGGAACGUGUCCCCCGUGGAUAGCAACAUGAGGUUUAUUUUCUAGUUGCCAGAUCAAAAAAUCUUGAGAUGAAUAAGGGAAAAAAAAAUAGUUGUUUUAUGUUUGCUGUACAGAUGCUUCAUGCCUACUGUUUCCAGUUUACAUUUUAAAAAAAUAAAUCUCAAAAGAGGAUUUGUACUCGGCAUGCCUUUUUAAUGUUUGCUACAUGCCUGUGAUUGAUCUCUAUGAACAAGUCUUAACCUGUAUUGGAGUAUUGCUGGAGAGUUGAGGCGACAAAGUCUUUUGAAAUAAAAUGUACCAGUGUUGUUUUAUGUA